AUGACCGGCAUCCUCGUCGUCGCCGAGCAUUUCGAUGGACUGCUGCGCGAUGUCACGCUGGAGAUGAUCGGCGCUGCCGCUUCGAUCAAGGAUGGCCUCGGCGGGCCGUUGACCGUCGUCGUCAUCGGUCAUGACGCCGAGGCGCUCGCCAACGCCGCCAACCGGGAAGGGGUAGACGAGAUCGUCACCGUGGCCUCUCCCGAUUCGCAUUUCGAUCCCGCGCUCUAUGAAGAGGCGGUCUGCACUGUCGCCGAGGCCAGGCAGGCGCGACUGGUGCUGAUCGGCCAUACCGCGGCCGGCAUGGCCUUUGGGCCGGCAGUCGCCGCGCGCCUCGGCUCAGGCUUUGCAUCCGAUGUGUUCGGGCUCUCGCUCGAAGGCGCUGAGCCUAUCGCGAGCCGCGGCGGCUACGGCGGCAAGGUCGCAAUGGACCUCGCCUUCCCCGACAAGCCCGUGAUCGUGCUGACGCUGCGGGGCGCAACAUUCAAGGCCCCGGAAGAAGCCGGCAACGCGAGCAUCGUCCCGUUCGCGGUCGAGCUGGACGCCGUACCGGGCACCGGCCGCCACAUCGACUAUCUGCCCGCUCCGCCCGCCGACGUGGACAUCGGCAAGGCGGAGUUCAUCCUCUCGGUCGGGCGCGCCGUCCAGGAAGACAAGAACCUGCCCCAGUUUGCGGCGCUCGCAGAACGGCUCGGGGCCACCCUCGGCUGCUCGCGCCCGGUCGCGGAUUCGGGCUGGCUGCCGAAGGCCCACCAAGUCGGCCAGUCUGGCACGAUCGCGAGCAACUGCUCGCUCUACCUGGCGCUCGGCAUCUCGGGCGCGGUCCAGCACCUAGCCGGGAUGAAGCACGUGGACACCAUCAUCGCGGUCAACACCGACCCGGAGGCGCCGAUCUUCAAUGUCGCGGACCACGGCGCCUGCGUGGAUAUUUUCGAGCUCGCCGAGGCCCUGGAGCGCGAGUUCAACUGA